AAAAGUAAACAACUUUGCUCUCUUCUGUAGCGAGAUUUUUACCGAUUAAGAUUAGAAUAAGUUUAUUAAUAAUUUUUUUUAUAAAAUAAUUAAAUUAUUUAAUUGUUAUGCUCUCUUAUAUCAAUUUUCAAGGACGUUUUGUUGAAUUCUUGAAUCUGUCUUUGUGGUGGGAGUGGUUUAAGGGUUUUGUUUUGUGAGCAAUUCCAAGCUUAGCUCCACCACUUCCUGCCACUUGCUCUUAUUCUUCUGCUCAAGUCAUCCUCACGAAGUGAAAAGGAAGGAUAGCAUUUUAAUGCAUGCAAUCAUUUACUAUCGCCACCAACUCCAGGUCUGCGCCAAAAGACGAUCCCCAUUAAUUGCUAAGCAACUCCAUGCCCAAAUUGUCAAAGUUGGUGUAAACGAAAGCGAUCACUUAUCCAACACUCUUGUCGAUGUUUAUGGCAAAUGCGGCCUUUUUCAAGAUGCCUAUUACUUGUUCGACGAAAUGCCCCACAGAGACCAUGUCUCUUGGGCUUCCAUUCUCACAGCAUAUAACCAAGCCAACCUCCCUAACAGAACUCUUUCCAUUUUCCCUAGCAUGUUCACUUUAGACAGGUUGCAACCUGACCAUUUCGUGUAUGCUACUCUCGUCAAGGCAUGCGCCAGCUUGGGUGCUAUAAGGCAGGGGAAACAAGUGCAUGCUCAGUUUAUUUUAUCCCCAUUCUAUGAUGAUGACGUUGUUAAGUCUUCUUUGGUUGAUAUGUAUGCAAAAUGUGGAUUACCCAACAUUGCUCGUGUUGUUUUUAAUUCUAUUUUGAAAGAAAACCCGGUUUCUUGGACUUCAAUGAUAUCUGGGUACGCCAGGGGUGGGUUAAAAGCAGAGGCUGUGGAUCUGUUUUUAAGGGCGCCGGUAAGGAACUUAUAUUCUUGGACUGCAUUAAUAUCAGGGUUAGUUCAGAGUGGACAUGGGAUUGAUGCUUCGUUCUUAUUUAUUGAAAUGAGAAGGCAAAGGGUAGAUAUAGUAGACCCCUUAGUGCUUUCAAGCAUUGUUGGUGCUUGUGCUAAUAUCGCUGUACUGGAGUUUGGGAAGCAGAUUCAUGGCCUUGUCAUAGCACUUGGCUACGAAUCCUGCUCGUUUAUCAGUAAUGCUCUCGUGGAUAUGUAUGCAAAAUGUAGUGAUAUUUUAGCAGCAAAGAACAUUUUUGAUGAAAUUAUGCAUAAAGAUGUUGUUUCUUGGACAUCUAUGAUAGUUGGAGCAGCUCAGCAUGGUAGAGCCAAUGAAGCAUUAGCUUUAUAUGAUGACAUGGUUUUAGCUGAGGUAAGGCCAAAUGAAGUAACCUUUGUUGGAUUGAUUUAUUCUUGCAGCCAUGCUGGUUUAGUUAGUAAAGGCCGGGAGCUUUUUAAAUCCAUGACUGAAGAAUAUGGAAUUAAGCCCUCUUUGCAACACUUCACAUGCUUGCUGGACCUUCUUAGUCGAUCUGGGCACCUUGAUGAGGCUGAGAAUCUUAUUAAUACGAUGCCAUUUAAGCCUGACGAACCUACAUGGGCAGCCUUAUUGAGUGCUUGCAAGCACCAUGGAAAUACGGAAAUGGGGAUAAGGAUUGCUAAUAAGACGUUGAGCUUGAAACCUGAAGAUCCUUCAACCUAUGUUCUAUUGUCUAAUAUUUAUGCUGGUGCUGGUAUGUGGGAACAUAUGUCAAUGGUAAGGAAGUUGAUGGCAGCUAGGGAAGUUAAAAAGGAACCAGGUUUUAGUACCAUCACCUUUGGGAAGGAAAUCCAAGUGUUCCAUGCUGGGGAGACAUGUCAUCCUAUGAAGGAUGAAAUAGUUGGUUUGCUCAAGGAGUUAGAUGAAGAGAUGAGAAGAAGAGGUUAUGUCCCUGAUACUAGCUUUGUUUUACAUGACAUGGAAGAAGUUGAAAAAGAGAGGCAGCUUUUUUGGCAUAGUGAGAGAUUGGCUGUGGCUUAUGGCCUUCUUAAGUCUGUUCCAGGAACGGUCAUACGUAUAGUGAAAAAUCUUCGUGUUUGUGGUGAUUGCCAUACUGUUUUCAAAUUACUUAGCAGUAUUGUGGAGAGAGAGAUUAUUGUGCGAGAUGCCACCAGGUAUCAUCAUUUUAAAGGUGGAAAGUGUUCAUGCAAUGAUUUUUGGUGACUUUGUGAUUCUGAGACUGCAAGAAUUGCACAUAGGAAAAGACUAAUUUGGGUCCAAGUUACCUGAUAAACCUUGAGGGUCUAAUGCCAAAUGACAUUUCAAGCAUUUCCAUAAGACUUUGGAAUGACUCAUUCCAUAUAUCCAGAUGAAUAUGAGAAAAGAGUACUGGUAGAGAAGGGAUUCAAGCUAAAAGUGAUAUAUAUUUUAGGAGGGCUCAAAAUACAAGCAGAUCACCACCAAAAAUACUGGGACGAGGUGGGGUGAUGAUUUCUUGACACUUGUCAAUUCUUGCUGAGUUGAGUGAAACUGCUAGUAAUAAUCAUAUAAUUUUGGACAGGAAAUCCGAUAAAAUUUUGGCCCAUGAAGUUCCAUUGCAAUUUGCAAGAUAUGGACAAAGCAUAUUUGAGCCAUUGAAGCAACCAGAUUGUUUAAAGGUUCUGAUCAAGAUUUGGAAAAAAAAAAAUGAAGAGGAUAUAUGCCUGCAAAACAAGAAAACUGUCACUGAAACAGUUGAUUGUCGCUUGAAUUGCAGCUUUACUAAUUCAUUUAAAGUAUUUUGCAAAUUGCAGUAUGGACCGGUAUUUGUACACAAGGGAUUGUGUAUUUGAACAAAAUAAAAAUGGUAGGGUUUAA